UGUAAACAAAUAACGCCUUCACGAAGUUCGUUCAAAAUGACACAUGAAUGGCGGGCAGCUUCUAAAACUUAUGAUGCUGUUAAAAAUGCUUGGGUUUCUAAGAGAGAAGAAGUGUAUGAUCACCCUUUAAAGGCUUCUACUAUUACAGUCCAAGAAGGAAAAGUGAAACGACGUUUUGGGGGAAGCAAUACCAGCAGUGCAUCAUCUUCACUUUCUAGCACACCCAAGAAAACUAUAUCUGAUCCUUUGUCUACAUUUCAUCCUUUAAGUACUGCUUUAGAUGGAAUUGAUCCACUUUCACAGUUCGCUGCAGGGUUGGAUCCCCUCAGCCAGAUGGCUGAAGAACAAGAAAGAGCUAGAGAAAUAUCAGCCUCAAGAAAAUGUCGGUUGGAUGAUACUUUUGAACCCUGGUCGACAAAGAAAGCAGCAAUUUUAAAUAAGUAUACAACUUCUGAGAAAUUGUCUAUUGCUACUAGUUUCUUGUCAGGAGGUGAAAAAGUUAUUGUCAAAACCAGUAGUUCAGUCAGUGAUAAAGUUAAAAAUAGACUGGAACAGUUGGAUGAUUUUGAAGAGGGAUCAGUGAAAGAAAUGUUGAACUUGACUCAGCAAGAAUAUGUUAAUCGAAUUGAAGAGUUGAAUCAAGCCCUCCGAGAAUCAUGGGAACAAGAUCAACGAGUUAAAGCACUUAAAAUUGGGAUUCAGAGUGCAAAAUUGCUGGUGGACACUUCUGUAAUUCAAUUUUACCCUAGUAAAUUUGUUCUUAUUACAGAUAUCUUGGAUAAUUUUGGUAAUCUGGUAUAUCAAAGAAUUCAUUCAAAAGCAGAACAUCAUAAGCCAGGAAGUAAAAAUCCUGUUCCACUACCUGAGCAAUUUACUCCUGAUCAAGUUCCUGAAUCUGCAAAAGAAACUUGUAGAAACUGGUUUUUUAAAAUUGCUUCUAUUCGGGAAUUAAUUCCUAGAUUUUACAUGGAAACAGCAAUUUUAAAGUCCUACAGUUUUCUAACACAGGGAGAGUAUUCAAAAGCUUUGGUUCGACUUACUAAAAUGAUAAGAGGUAUUGGAGACCCUUUAGUUGCUGCCUAUGCUCGAUGCUAUUUAUGUAGAGUUGGCAUGUCUGUUGCACCAGAAGCUCAUGAACACCUAAGGGAUAAUUUUUGGGAUUUCCUAAUUAUGUACAAUCAGUUACAAAGCAACUUUGUCAAAGAAACUCUAAUCAAACAGAAUCUUGACUUUCCAACCUAUUUAACUUUAUACCCGCCAGCGCUGGAUUGGAUUUUACAAUGUGUGGUAUAUAAAGCUUCAGAGCCUGUGUUAAAAGAAGUUCUUCAUAAAUGCAAAAUGCAGUGCAAUAGUGCUCUUCUACUAAAUUCUGUGAUGUCUGCCUUUAAACCAGAAUAUAUUGCAAAGAGAGCUUUAGAACUUGUAGAUAUAAUGAAAGAAUGUGAUGAUUUAGGAUUUCCAAAACACCUAUUAUUUCGUACCCUUGGCCUUUGUUUGGUAGUUGCAGAUCCUCCUGAAAAUGAAAGGCUGCAAAUUUUGAAUGAUGUCUGGAAAAUUGUCACUAAAUUAAAAAAUCCUGCAGAUUAUAUGAGCUGUGCUGAAAUUUGGAUAGAGUAUGCUGUGAAACAUUUUACAAAACGUGAAGUUAAUACUUUUCUGGGAGAUAUUAUUCGUCAUAUGUCACCAGAUCGAGCUUUUGAGCAGCAUUAUCCCCAGUUAACAAGAAUUGUUGAUCGUAUUUUGGCUCAUAUGCAUGAUUUUAGUAUUAUAUUUUCCAUGGAUAAGUUCCUUCCUUUCCUAGAUAUGCUUCAAAAAGAGUCAGUGAAAGUGGAUGUAUGUAAAGUUAUAAUGGAAGCAUUUAUGAGAUAUCAAAUUGAGCCCACAUGUGAUCCAGUUAUUAUUAAUGCUGCUAUGUUUAUCUGUAAGACUAUCCAUGAUUCUGUUAAUGCUUUAACACUGGAUGAUGAAAAGCGGCAAAUUGGGGUUCUUAUUUGUGCAUUUAUUAGAAAAAUAAGUUUUGGACGAGAUUUUGAGCAGCAAUUAGGAUUUUAUGUAGAAGCACGGUCAACGUUCAGCAAUCUUGAUUCAGCUCUUAUACAGCUUGUGCAGUGUGUUAACCUUCUAGCCAUGAAAACAAGACAAAUAGUAAAAGGCCAUCAUACGAGAAAGACAUCUUCUUUUGUUAAGGCUUGUAUUGCAUACUCAUUUAUAACUAUACCAUCUCUUAUGGAUGUGUUCAGCAGAUUGGAUUUGUAUCUCAUAUCUGGUCAAGUUGCUCUUCUAAAUCAGUGUCUUUCACAAGCUGAUGCCUUUUUAAAAUCUGCCAUCAGUCUGAUUCCUGACAGCCCUUCUGUGAUAGAAGUAGACAACAAACACAAAUCGACAGAACCUUACUUAUUAUCAUACAUUAGCAACUUAUUGUCAACAUUGCUAAUUGUUCCUGAUCACCCUGAACAAGAACCUCUAUACUUGAUUCGAGGACUUUUAAAUGUUAUACAGGACUACACUUGGGACCAACAUAAUGAUACUAAAGUGCUUGUUUAUUUGAAUGUCCUUAAUUUGUUGUCAGCUCUGAGUCAGGAGACUUUUAUAUGGUCUAUAGAUGGAAUUGAUUCAAAUGAUGCAUUAUAUGGUAGUGAUCCAAAAUUCAUUGCUGAAAUCAACAAAAUCUGUUCUACUCUAAUUGAUGAGAUAUUAGCUCAUUUGAAAUACCUUGGAGACAGAGGGCAUUUUAAAAAACAAUCUCACUUAGCACUUGAACUACUUUGCCACAUAGUUGCUCAUGGAGAUUUAUCUUGUAAUUCCUUAUUCACUUUGGCAAACAAUCUGUGGUUAUUAGCGCAUCGACAUGGACACUGUGAUCUUAAAGAAGCAGGCCAUUGCUUAUGUUACAUAAAGAUCAAAGCCUCUCGUAAUGGGGGUGCAUAUCAAGAUCUUGCUAAUAAGCUUCAGUUGCCAUCACAAGUAUGAAAGGAAAAAAAAAGGACAGAAACAAAAAAUACAAAUUGAUGAAGCAUGAAUGCUCAAGUUUUCUUAGAUAUAUAUUUUACAUUAUUCCAUUAAAAUGCAUUCCUAUAUAAGUUAAAUCAUUGUUUUAAUUCUUUUAAUUUGAAUUAUAACUAUAUUUAAAUAACAUAAUUCUCAAACUGGUAAUUUUUUGAAGGGAAAAUAUUGAAUUUCUUUUGUAUUUUAUAUCAUAUGAAAAUGAAUGAUUUGAAACUUUUGUUGCAUUAUUUUUCUAACUACAUGAGGUUAGUUUUAUAUGAAUGAAAACUCUCUUUCUACCCACAAUAUUUGUAAAUAAAAUGAUUGUAGAUAAAUUGAUUGU